AUGACGACGGAAGCCCCUCAACUCAAGUACAUCGAUAUCGGUAUCAACUUCACGGAUCCGAUAUACCGUGGUGAAUAUCACGGCACUAAGCGUCACGAAGAUGAUUUCGAAGACGUCAUACAGCGAGCCGUCGAUGCUGGAUGCAAGAAGUUCAUGGUAACAGGUUCCGAUUUCGAGGAAUCCAAACAUGCUGUCGAAAUAGCGAAAGCGCACCCAGGGCUGUGCUAUGCAACGAUUGGUGUACAUCCUUGCUCAGCAAAACAGUUCGACACGCACCCUGGAGGCUCGUCUGAACUGCUCUCUGCGCUGAAAACCCUUGCGCUUGAGGCCAAGGAAGCAGGAUAUGCAGUUGCUUUUGGAGAGAUAGGCCUUGAUUAUGACCGCCUGUUUCUAACGCCAAAGGAGCCGCAGUUGAAGUACUUUGAGGCACAGCUGGCGAUUGCAAUUGAGGUCCAGCUACCACUGUUUUUACAUUCGCGAGCCGCGAGCGAAGACUUUGAGAAGCUCUUGACCGCGAAACUGGAUCAACUGCCGAAACGAGGUUUGGUUCAUAGCUUUACUGGCACAGCCGAGGAGAUGCAGCGUCUUGUUGGCUUGGGUUUUGACAUUGGAGUCAACGGAUGCAGCAUGAAAACUGACGAGAAUAUCGCGGUGGUUAAACAAAUACCGCUUGAGCGCCUGCAGAUUGAGACUGACGGUCCAUGGUGCGAGAUGCGACCCAGUCAUGCAUCAGCCAAGUAUUUGCAAGACGCGCCUCCGUUACCCAAGGCGGUCAAGAAGGAGAAGUUCGCCAAAGGUAUGAUGGUCAAGGGCCGCAACGAGCCGGCUACAAUACCACACGUGGCAUAUGCGAUUGCAAAGAUCAAGGAGGUUACCGUGGAGGAGGUCUGCGACGCUGCUUGGAAGAAUUCGGUCAAGAUGUUUGGACUUGGCGAAACGGCGUAA